AUGGGGAAGCGGCAGCAUCAAAAAGAUAAGAUGUACCUCACGUACACGGAGUGGUCCGAGCUGUACGGCGGCAAGAAAGUGGAGUCGGCGGAGAAUGAACACAUUAAAUUCAAGCGUCUACCCUAUGAUCACUGUUGCAUUACUAUGGUGCCCUUUGAUACACCCUAUAGUGAUCUAGAUGGCAACGUAUUUAGCUUUGAGGCAAUACAUGCAUUUAUCAAAACAUUCAAAGUGAAUCCCAUAACAGGCAAAUCGGCGGAUGUAAAAGUUUUAAUUAAAUUAAAUUUUCAUAAAAAUGCUGAAGGUGAAUACCAUUGUCCGGCGCUAUUUAAACCAUUUACUAAAAAUUCACACAUUGUUGCUUUGGCUACAACCGGUAAUGUGUACUCUUGGGAAGCUAUUGAACAGUUGAAUGUUAAAGCGAAAAAUUGGAAAGAUCUUAUCGAUGAUUCAUCAUUUACACGCAAAGAUAUAAUCACUAUCCAAGAUCCGCAUCACUUAGAAAAGUUUGAUAUAUCUCGUUUCCAUCAUAUACGUAAAAAUUUGCGCGUACUCUCGGAGGAGGAACAAUUGGAACGAAAAGAUCCAACGAAACGUAUAAAAACUAUGAAUUUAGAAACUAAGGAAACGUUAGCGCAAUUGGAGAAAGACUAUCAGCCAGCAGAAGAGGCGCCAAGUACAUCCAAACGCACUGCUGAUAAGUUCAACGCAGCACAUUACUCUACAGGCGCAGUCGCUGCCAGUUUUACUUCCACCGCAAUGGCACCUGUUUAUAAUUCUGAAGCAGCGAUCAUAGAAGAUGAUUUAGUUAAAUAUGAACGUGUGAAGAAGAAGGGUUAUGUACGAUUGCAAACAAAUUGUGGACCUCUCAAUUUUGAAUUAUAUUGCGAUGCUAUUCCGCGGGCAUGUGAUAAUUUUAUACGGCAUUGUAGUGAUGGCUAUUACAAUAACACAAAAUUUCACCGCUCGAUACGAAACUUUAUGAUACAAGGUGGUGAUCCAACUGGCACUGGCACGGGUGGCACAUCAAUAUGGGGUAAAAAAUUUGAUGAUGAAUUCAAACCUAAUCUUUCUCACUCCGGACGUGGUAUGCUUUCAAUGGCCAAUUCUGGCCCAAACACUAAUGGAUCUCAAUUUUUCAUAACAUAUCGUUCCUGCAAGCAUCUAGAUGGUAAACAUACAGUUUUUGGAAAAUUAGUUGGUGGUAUGGAUACACUAACCCAAAUGGAAAAGGUUGAAGUAGACAAUAAGGAUCGUCCCAUCGAGGAUAUAGUCAUCGAAUCCGCACAAGUCUUUGUCGAUCCAUUCAAGGAGGCGUUAGAAGAAUUGGAGAAAGAACGCGCAGCAGAGGUUGAAAAACAAGUGCAAGUCGCAGCUGAAGUGAAAAAACAAAAACGCUUAAAUGAACCACUAAAAGUCUAUCGACAAGGUGUUGGCAAGUAUUUGAAUCUGAAAGAAGUAAAGGCAAACAGCACCCCGGACAGUAGUGGAAAAAUCGAUGCGACAAAAAAGAAACAAAAAUCAUUAGGGAAAGCAAGUUUUGGAGAUUUUUCUGGUUGGUAGCUUUACAAUUCUCGUAUAAAAUUU